GCAGAAGCUCAGCACCUUCCCGUGCCUUUCCUCGAUCGUACUCGAUCACACCGCCGCUUGCUUUCCUCAACUCCACUGCCGUCCCACCCCACCUCGCGACUGAAAUCACCGCCAGCCCGACCGAUCUCUUGCCUGGGGAGGGGAGGGGAGGGAGAGCGAGGAGGAAAUGCCGACCAAGAGGAGCGUGGGCACCCUGGGCGAGAAGGACCUCAGCGGGAAGAAGGUGCUCCUCCGCGCCGACCUGAACGUGCCGCUGGACGACGGCCAGAGGAUCGCCGACGACAACCGCAUCCGCGCCUCCGUGCCCACCAUCAACUUCCUCAUGGGCAAGGGCGCCAAGCUCAUCCUGGCCACCCAUCUGGGCCGGCCAAAAGGUGUCACCCCGAAGUACAGCUUGAAGCCUCUUGUUCCACGCCUGUCUGAGCUUCUUGGAGUUGAUGUUGUGAUGGCGAAUGACUGCAUAGGUGAGGAAGUUGAGAAAUUAGCUACUGCUUUACCAGAUGGAGGUGUUCUACUUCUAGAAAAUGUAAGAUUCUACAAGGAGGAAGAAAAGAAUGACCCUGAGUUCGCCAAGAAACUAGCAUCUGUUGCUGAUCUUUAUGUAAAUGAUGCCUUUGGCACUGCACACAGAGCACAUGCUUCAACAGAGGGAGUUACCAAGUAUUUGAGGCCUGCUGUCGCUGGAUUUCUUAUGCAGAAGGAACUUGACUAUCUUGUUGGAGCUGUUGCCAACCCGAAAAAGCCAUUUGCUGCCAUUGUUGGUGGAUCCAAAGUGUCAACCAAGAUUGGGGUGAUCGAGUCUCUUUUGUCGAAGGUUGACAUCCUCAUCCUUGGUGGCGGUAUGAUUUACACAUUUUACAAGGCCCAGGGGCAUGCUGUUGGGAAAUCUCUUGUGGAGGAAGACAAGCUUGAACUGGCAAACUCUCUUACUGAGAUGGCCAAGUCGAAGGGGGUCUCUCUUUUGCUUCCCACUGAUAUUGUAGUAGCUGAUAAUUUUGCUGCAGAUGCUGAGAGCAAGAUUGUUCCUGCCUCUGCUAUUCCUGAUGCUUGGAUGGGUCUUGACAUUGGCCCAGAUUCUAUCAAGAAAUUCAGUGAAACUUUGGACACUACCAAGACUGUCAUCUGGAAUGGGCCGAUGGGAGUUUUCGAAUUUGAGAAGUUUGCUGCUGGCACCGAUGCGAUCGCGAAAAAGUUGGCUGAUAUCACAGCAAAAGGCGUGACAACCAUCAUCGGCGGUGGCGACUCUGUUGCUGCCGUCGAGAAGGCUGGUUUGGCGAGUAAGAUGAGCCACAUUUCGACCGGAGGUGGCGCAAGCCUGGAGCUGUUGGAAGGCAAGACCCUCCCAGGCGUCCUUGCUCUCGACGACGCAUAGGCUGGUGGCAAGACGUGUUUACCCAGUCGUUGCGCCACUCUGUUGUUCAGACCCUUGGUGUACAGAUGCGAGUGUAUCCUGAAAUAGAAGUAGAGGUUUCUCUGAAGGUUUUGUCAGACGAGCAGUAGUAAAUAAGCUUGACUUCCGUCGCAAUGGGAGCAGAGUAUCUCGCACAAGCAAACCUUUAUUGGUCGAUGUAACAGUGUAGACUUCUGUAAACUGCAUGGCUUGAGCUGUGUUUGUUUUGAGUUCCUUUUGUGAGAAUAAAGGGGUGCCGUUUUCGAGUA